AUGUGUUCUAAAGUGCAGUUCGUGGCAUUCUGCCGAGGACCUCAACGAUCCAUGUGGAUGCUGGUGAUACUUAUUCUAUUCUUCUCGUUACUGUACGUUUCAAUUACAUUGGAAACUGAAUUGUCUGUGACGGAAGGGGUACUCAAGCCCGGUACACAAACUCCUCAGAUUCUUCUCUCAACGCACACCCCAAGAGUUGUCUACAUCGUUGUUCAGACGAGAGCUUCUCCUGGUUGGUGCAGAAUGUUGGUGAGUUCUGUUCUCUCCAAUGUGUCAGUGGUUUCUAUUGGAUUUGGGAGGAAUUACACGCAUGUCGACCGUCAAGCAUGGAUACUGGAGUAUCUGCGUCAAGAGGGUCUGCGAGACGACGAUGUGGUGGUGGUAUUCGAUGGCGCAGACACUCUCUUCACUGGCACCGACAAGAUUCAGCGUGCCUUGGAGCAUUUCUUAACCACAACGGCACCCACCGCUGAUACUUUUGACGCUACAGCGAUACUUCAGGGGAAGAUGUCGUCUCCUAUGCAAUUUUCGAGCGAUGCACUCUGUUACGCACCACAGAUACACCUGAUUGUUCCUGAGGGGCCAGAAAGACCGAAGACAAAAUGUUUUUGGCUAUAUGCACGUAUGUGGAAGGCUGUACUUUCUCCCAACAAUCAGUACCUUGCCAAUCUACAACGGAAAAAGUAUCGUUUUCUUUGUGCUGGUGGCUACGUGGGGCGUGUGUGGGCGGUGCGCGCUGCGUCGCGUGCAUACACUAGCCUCGUUGCGUCACGCAGUGAUUGGUGGUGUGACCAGAGCGUCUGGACGUUGCUGUAUGUAUGGAGCCUCGGUCAGGAUUCUGGUGUGGCGUCCAACCUGCGCCUACCGCGUGGCAUUCUGAGCCUUGACUACAAUCACAGUUUCUUUUUCGCUCCUUACAAGAGAGCUUUUGCCAUUCCCGCCAUUCUCCACUUGCCUGGUAAGGCACGGGGGUGGCGACGCCACUUGUCUCACAUCCUACAGCGCGCCUCGUGGGUUCAUGAGGUGUACCGCACUCCGCAAGCUCUGGCGGAGGCAAAGAGCCUUUUUCAAAGUGGUACGUCCGUAAAAGUACUUGCACUCGAUGGGCACAUGUAUAAUCACCGCUUCGGUGAUUUGUGCCCCGCUGGUGAUGCACUGAAUUUCAGUUGGCUUUCGUAUCCUCUGGAAAAGAAAUGA